ACGCCUGAAAUCCAGAAAGCCGUCGAAAAGGGGUACAGAGUAGUUAAGAUAUAUGAAGUGUGGCAUUUUGGACCAAACCAGAGACGAGAGGGAUUGUUUGCACAAUAUGUCAACACGUUUCUCAAAUUGAAACAAGAAGCGAGCGGUUGGCCUGCGGAAGUGGCAGAUGACCCUGAAAAACGUCAAGAUUACAUUGCGAAUUAUCGCCGACAUGAGAACAUUCAAUUAGACCCCGACAAGAUUGAGAAAAAUCCAGGCAAACGAACGACCGCGAAAUUAAUGCUGAACAGUUUUUGGGGGAAGUUUGGGGAAAAGCCGAAUAAGCCAAAGACCGUGACGAUCACGCAACCCUCACAACUGUACCCCUAUUUGUUCUCGUCGAAUUUUUCAUUAAAAAAUCUGCGCAUAUGCACGGAAGAUGUCCUCGAAGCGGUAUUUACCGAAGUCGAAGACAAUGUUGUGCCCAGUGCAAAGACAAACAUUUUCAUCGCUUGCCUCACAACUGCGUGGGCCCGACUCAAACUGUACGAAGCCUUGGAUACGUUGGGAAAGCAGGUCUUGUAUUACGACAUCGAUUCGGUUAUCUAUCGGUGGAAACCUGGACAGACCUCUAUUGCCAUAGGGGACUACCUUGGAGAGAUGACUGACGAAUUACAAGGGGAUGUGAUUACGGAGUUUGUGUCGGGAGGAGCUAAAAACUAUGGGUACAAAACCCGCCAGGGCAAAACCGAAUGCAAAGUAAGAGGGUUCACCCUGAAUGUACGUGGAAAACAAGUGUUGAAUUUUAACACCAUGAAAGCGAACAUUUUAGCGGAAAUCGAGGAUCCCCAGGAAGAGAGGCGUGUCAUCAAAGUGACCAAUCCUAAUUAUUUCAAAAGAGACACAACCCACAAGACCAUCAAGCUUGUGAAUCAGACCAAACAAUACAAAAUGGUUUUUGACAAGCGGGUCAUUGAUCGUGACACAAAAAUGACCUACCCCUUUGGGUACCGAGUGUUAACAGAACCCGAUCGAGAAAAUGUGUAA